AUGGCGUUGAGCACCCAAAGGGCAUCUGCUUUUCUUCCUUCAGCUGAUCAGUCGGCUCCUCCUCAAUGGAACUAUGAUGUGUUUUUGAGUUUCAGGGGUGUAGACACUCGAAAUAGCUUUGUGUCCCAUUUAUACCACGAAUUGCAGCACAGGUGCAUUAAAACAUUCAAGGAUGAUCCAAAGCUUGAAAGAGGGACAACUAUUUCUUCUGAGCUCUUCAAAGCAAUCCAAGAAUCAAGGCUUGCAGUCGUUGUUCUCUCGCCAAACUAUGCUUCUUCUUCCUGGUGCUUGGAUGAACUUACAAAGAUUCUCCAAUGCAUGAAAUCCAACGGCACAGUUCUGCCUGUGUUUUAUAAUGUGGAUCCCUCCGAUGUGCGAAAACAAAGCCGCAAUUUUGCAGGCGCGUUCGCUGAGCAUGAGAAAAGGCUUAGGGAAGACAUAGAAAAGGUGAAGCGCUGGAGAGCUGCUUUAACAGAAGUUGCUAAUUUAUCUGGGUUGGAUUCAAAUAAGAUUCAGUGUGAAAGAAAGCUCAUUGAAAAGAUUGUUGAAUGGGUGUGGGGGAAAGUGCAUGGCUCAUUGAAAUUGUUAGAUUCCACAGAGUUAGUUGGACUUAAGUUUACACGUGAGCAAAUAGACUUGCUUUUAGCUCCUACAGAUGAUGUUCGUUUUAUAGGGAUAUGGGGGAUGGGAGGCAUUGGCAAGACAACCAUUGCUAGGCUUGUUUAUGAAAGCAUUUCUUUUCGUUUUGAAGUUCCCUGCUUUCUUGCUAAUGUUAGAGAGGCUUGUGAAGGUAAUCGUCUUGUUGAUCUACAAAAACAGCUGCUUUUCCCGAUCUUGAAGAAACAAAUUACUCAAGUUUGGGAUGAAGAGUGGGGGACCUAUUUCAUUAAGAAUUGCCUAUGUAAUAAAAAGGUUCUUCUCAUUCUUGAUGAUGUGAAUGCAUCAAGCCAACUAGAGAAAUUUGCUAAGGAAAAGGAUUGGUUUGGUAAGGGGAGUAUAAUCAUCAUUACAACUCGAGAUGAAGGGUUGGUUAAAAAGCAUGAUAUGGAGAUAUCAUAUAAGGUUGGGGGAUUAGAUGAUGAUAAGGCUCUUAUGCUCUUUAGUCGGAACGCCUUUAAAAAACUUGAGCCUGAGGAAGGUUUUCGGGAAUUGUGCAAGUGCUUUGUAAGAUAUGCUGGAGGCCUUCCAUUAGCUCUUAAAAUUUUGGGAUGCUCUAUGUAUAAGAGAGAUCGAGAUGAAUGGAAAAAUGAAUUGGAUAAGCUACGGAAAAUUCCUGAGAUAGAAAUUUUCAAUUUGCUCAAAAUUAGUUUUGAUAGACUAGAUGAGAUGAACAAGAAUAUAUUUCUUGAUGUUGCAUGUUUCCUUAAGGGGAAGGACAAGAAGAAAGUAAUUGAAAUACUAGACAGUUGUGGCCAUUGUGGUGGGAUAAAUGCUCUAGUUGAGAAGUCACUCUUAACUUGUGAUAUUUUAAACGACAUUGUUGGGAUGCAUGAUUUGAUACGAGAAAUGGCAUUUGAAAUUGGAACUAACAAAAUUCAAGGCAUCGCCCUAAACUUGGUGAAACUUGAGAAGGUGGAUUGGAAUUGUGAAGCAUUCUCUAAGAUGAUUAACCUGAAAUUUCUUGAAGUUGAUAAUGUGAUCAAUACUUCAAGCCCCAUAAUUCUUCCUAAUUCCUUAAGAAUUAUGAUAUGGAAUUAUUUUCCAUUGAAAUUUCUCCCAUCAGAUUUUCAACCGAAUAAACUUGUUUCACUUGAGAUGCAGGACAGUGAACUACUUAGGCUGUGGGAUGGAAGAAUUAUGUUGGAUCUUAAAGGGUGUGAGAAUUUGGUUGAGAUUCACCCGUCCGUUGCAUAUCUCAAAUGGCUUACAGAUCUAAUACUAUAUGGAUGCAAAAGUGUUGAGAGUCUUCCAAGGGAGGUAGAAAUGGAUUCUCUUAUAUAUUUAAGUCUUUGUGGUUGCUCAAAACUGAAAAAGAUUCCAGAAUUUUCAGAACAAAUGAAAAAUUUGUCAGAGCUUUGUUUGAGUGGGACGGCCAUUGAGAAAUUACCUUCAUCAAUUGGACGUCUUGUUGGCCUUACUUCUUUGGAUGUAAGAAAUUGUACAAAUCUCUUGGGUCUUCCGAGCGCAAUUUGUAAUUUGAAGUCUCUUAAAGCGCUCUAUGCAGAUGGACGCCCUGUUGAAAUGAUUAAACUUAAGUCACUUAAGGCGAAUGGGUGCCAAAAGCUUCAACAAUUGCCCCAUCUCCGCUUUGGAUUGGUUGAGAAUGACUUCUACAGUAUUAGAAUAUACACAGAGGAUUGCACUUCCUUAAAAAUGUUGCCAAAGUUGAGCAUAAAAAACAGAAGAAGAAGUUAUGUUGGGUUCGUGUUGAGUUGUGUGAAUUGCAUUGGAUUGGUUGAGAAUGAAGGCUGCGAUGCUAUACUUGGAAUGCUCUGGAUUGGUCUGGAUUGGAGAUUCCUUAAGGUAGCUCGUUGGAAUAUUCCCGCUUUUCAAAUUGUAACACCUGGAAGUAGAAUUCCAGAGUGGUUCAGUAAUCAAAGUGUAGGAGAUUCCUUAAUUGUGGAGCUACCUCCAUGUACCACGUCCAUUUGGAUUGCUUUUUGUGCUGUCUUUGAAGAAGGUGCCCCUGUGGAUCACCCAAAUAUACCUCGUUACCUUUCUGACACUUUUCAAAUUGAAUGUCGCCUAGGAGAAGGUUUCCCUGUGUAUAGUACACCCAUUGUUAGAGGCCAUCUUGUGUCACCUCACCUUUGGGUAUCUUGUGUAUAUCAUUCUUUAGUCGACAAAGAAUGCAGUCAGAUGAAGAUUUCAUUCCGUACUUUUUAUGACGUUCACUCAGACACAAUAUAUUGCUCGGGUAUAAAGAAGUGUGGGUUCCGUUUGGUACGCAAGCAAGACGUGGAAGAACUCAACCAAAUCAUGAUGAUGAACCACUCCAUCAACAUCAGCACAAAAGCUACUUCUCCUCCCAAUUCAGCUGAUGCAAGUGCAAGCUCUCACUAA